AUGGCCAAGCUAACGAAGCGUACGAAAAAGUUUAUGAAAAACAAGCUUGACCAGACGCUCAAGCAGCGUCAGGAUGCGAAGAAGAAGCAGAAGUACACACAAAACAAGGGAAAGCGUGUCAACGAUGAGCCAACUGAGGAGAAAGAGGAGGAGCCUGAGGUGGUCGAGUCCCAGGCGCCUGCCAUGAGCGUCGACGAUUUCCUAAGCGGUGGAUUCCGUGAAGGUAUGGAAGGCGAAGACGAAGAAGAAGAGGCAGAGGAAGACGACGAUGAUCUCGAUGAGGUUGAUGAUAUCGAGGAUGCCGAGGCGCAUGCCCAAGACCUGGCUCAGCUCGCCGAGAAGGACCCUGAAUUUUACAAGUAUCUUCAAGAAAACGACCAAGAGCUUCUUCACUUUGGUCAAGGCGAGGAUGAAGAAGAAGAAGAAGACGAGGAAAAAGAGGAGGAGGAAGAUGAGCGCCUAUUGACGAUGGACAUGCUGCAGCAGUGGCAAAAAAGUUUGUUACGGCACCGCUCGCCGCGCGCUUUGCGGCGCUUGCUACUGGCUUUCCGCUCUGUCCUUAGUUCACAUGAUGAUGAGGUGCAGCAUGCCUUUCACGUACAAGACAGCCGUGUGUUUUCUAAGCUAAUAAUCACUACGCUCAAGUAUAUGCCGAUGGUGAUGGAGUACCAUGUGCCUUACAAAAAGACCGCAGAUGGUCGCUUUAAGGUACAGACACACACACAAAAGUGGCACAUACUACACCGGCCCGUGCGCAGCUACUUUAUGAGCGUGAUCAAGCUUCUGCAAACGCUGCCUGAGGCCGACAUGGUCUAUGUGGCCCUCAACGAGUCGGCUAAGAUGGUGCCUUACUUGCAUCAGGACCGACGUGUGGCGCGUGACUAUGUGCGUGCGCUGCUGGGGCAGUGGUCAUCGGGCGAGGACCGCAUUCGCCUCGCUGCGUUUUCAUGCUUGUACGUGACGACGGCCUCGGCGCUGGAUGACGACAUGGUGGAUUUCUGCCUUAAGAGCACGUACCAUACCCUGAUUCGGAACACACGCAACACCAAGCCACAUACGCUCGAGCACAUCGCGCUCAUGAAAAACACUGCGUGUGAGCUAUUUACGUUGCAUGCGGACGCGAGCUACCAACAGGCGUUUGGGUUCAUCCGCCAAUUGGCCAUUUCCCUGCGCAACUGUCUCAAGCUCAAGACCCAGGAACAGUUCCAAACUGUGCUCCAAUGGCCCUACCUCCACUGCCUUGACUUUUGGUCGUUGGUCCUGGCCAAGACGUGCCACGUUGACCGCGAGCAAGGCGUGCCGAGCCACAUGCGCCCGCUGAUCUAUCCGCUCGUGCAGGUGUCCCUUGGUGUCGGUCGUCUCGUGCCCAUGUCUCGCUAUUUCCCACUACGCCUGCAUGUCAUUGAGUCUAUGCUGCGCCUGAUACAGGCAACGCAUGUCUAUGUGCCGCUUGCACCGCUGAUUAUCGAGGUGCUUGAGAGUGCCGAGUUCCAGCGACGCGGCAAGGGCGCGACGCUCAAGCCACUUGAUCUUGAGACGACGUUCCGUGCUCCUGCCGCGUAUGUGCGCACACGCAUCUAUGCGGACCAGCUUGCCGACGAAUUUGCGUAUGUGCUCCUCGAGUUUCUCGCUACCCAAGCGCGUCACAUUGCCUUCCCUGAGCUCGUGAUCCCCAUAACUGUGCAGCUGCGCCGCGCUCUCAAGACGUCACCGUGCGUGCGCCUGAAUGAGGCGGUGCGUCCGUUGCUGGACAAGAUCCGCAUGAACGCCACAUGGAUUGAGCAGCGACGCAGCCAGGUCGAAUUCGCACCGAACGAUCAGUCGCAGGUCGAUGCAUUCUUGCAGAACGAGGCGUCUGACGCACCGCUUCAGCAGGCUGUGCGUCUUGCGCGCAAGGUCCGUGAGCAAAAGCGGCGCCUGCUCGAAAAGACGGCGCAUGUCGUAGAAGAUGACGAAGCAUAG